AAAUGAAAGAUGCUUUGGAUCAAUGGCCAGCAGUUUUCUUUAUAAAACAAGAGGAAUACUCAUCAUUUUUACCUGUAAUUCCAUUUCUUCCUUUACCUGACAAACCCUUCGGAUUCCAGAAUAAUGGCAGCAGAAAGCAGUGUAAAAGUGCCCAGAAUCAAGCUGGGUUCACAGGGACUGGAAGUGUCUGCACAAGGACUAGGAUGCAUGAGCAUGUCUGCAUUCUACGGCCCGCCCAAGCCGGAAAGCGACAUGAUCAAGCUCAUUCACCAUGCCAUUAACUCUGGCAUCACUUUUCUUGAUACCUCCGACGUCUACGGACCGUACACCAAUGAAAUCCUCCUCGGGAAGGCUUUGAAGGAUGGGAUGAGGGAGAAAGUGGAGUUCGCUACGAAAUUUGGGAUUACCUUUCAGGAUAGCCAGAUGAUUGUACAAGGAGACCCUGCUUAUGUACGAGCUACCUGCGAGGCCAGCUUGAAGCGGCUUGAUAUUGAUUGCAUUGAUCUUUAUUACCAACAUCGCGUUGACACACAUGUACCUAUUGAAGUCACGAUUGGAGAACUAAAGAAACUAGUGGAAGAAGGUAAGGUAAAAUAUAUAGGCCUAUCGGAGGCCUCGGCUUCAACAAUCAGAAGAGCACAUGCUGUUCAUCCAAUAACAGCAGUGCAGUUGGAGUGGUCUUUGUGGUCAAGAGAUGUGGAGAAAGAAAUAAUUCCUACUUGCAGAGAACUUGGCAUUGGAAUAGUAGCAUAUAGUCCUCUUGGACGGGGAUUCUUGUCAUCCGGUCCAAAAAUGGUUGAAACUUUAUCUGAAGACGACGCUCGAAAGUAUCUUCCAAGAUUCCAACCCGAGAAUCUGGAGCAUAAUAAGAGAUUGUUCGAGAGAGUGAAUGAUAUGGCAAUUAGAAAGGGGUGCACGCCUUCACAGCUAGCUUUAGCAUGGGUUCAUCAUCAAGGAACCGAUGUGUGUCCCAUACCUGGUACCACAAAAAUCGAGAAUCUCAAUAAAAACAUAGAAGCGUUGUCUAUAAAACUGACGAAAGAAGACAUGGCUGAACUCGAAUCUAUCGCUUCAGCUGAUGCCGUCAAAGGUGAUAGAUAUACUCCUGGUUUUGGUACGUGGGAGCAUUCAGACACUCCUCCUUUGUCAACUUGGAAAGCUGUGUGAAACCACUUAAUCUGUAUGCUAAAAUUACCUUACUGGAAUGGAGAGAAGAUUGAAAUAAAAUUGGCAUUACAACGUACUGAGCAAGCAGUUUCCAUUAAAUGGCGAUCUUUUAUAACUGUAUUGUGAUUUGGUUUUCAAACUACAGUCAUCUGGAUUGCAGAUUAAAAGUGUCGUACUUUCUUCGCAAGUGUUGAACCUACAGUUGGCAAGUACUAUGGCAUUUAUGUUUACG